AUGGGCGGCCGCUAGGCUCGCACUGGUAAGCGCUGGCCGAGCGGGGUGGGAGCCGGCGCCUGCAGCGGCGCGGGCAGAGGCGAUCGGCCCGGGGUCCCGCAGCCCGCAGCCCUGCAGCCCGCGUGGACCGAGCUGCCCCAGCGUCCCGGAUUCUAAAGUCCCUGGUGAGUCAGACAAUGGAUGAACAACCACAAGGAAUGCAAGGGCCACCUGUUCCUCAGUUCCAGCCACAGAAGGCAUUACGACCGGAUAUGGGCUACAAUACCUUAGCCAACUUCCGAAUAGAAAAGAAAAUUGGUCGUGGACAAUUUAGCGAAGUUUAUAGAGCAUCCUGUCUCUUGGAUGGAGUGCCAGUAGCUUUAAAAAAAGUGCAGAUAUUUGAUUUAAUGGAUGCCAAAGCACGUGCUGAUUGUAUCAAAGAAAUAGAUCUCCUUAAGCAACUCAAUCACCCAAAUGUAAUUAAAUAUUAUGCAUCAUUCAUCGAGGAUAAUGAGCUGAACAUAGUUUUGGAAUUAGCGGAUGCUGGUGACCUUUCCAGAAUGAUAAAGCAUUUUAAGAAGCAAAAGAGGCUAAUUCCUGAAAGAACUGUUUGGAAAUACUUCGUUCAGCUCUGCAGUGCACUGGAGCACAUGCACUCUCGAAGAGUCAUGCAUAGAGAUAUAAAGCCAGCCAAUGUGUUCAUUACAGCCACUGGGGUGGUAAAACUUGGAGAUCUUGGACUUGGUCGGUUUUUCAGCUCAAAAACCACAGCUGCGCAUUCUUUAGUGGGUACACCUUACUACAUGUCUCCAGAGAGAAUACAUGAAAAUGGAUACAACUUCAAGUCUGACAUCUGGUCUCUUGGCUGUCUGCUAUAUGAGAUGGCUGCAUUGCAGAGUCCUUUCUACGGUGACAAAAUGAAUUUAUAUUCUCUGUGUAAGAAGAUAGAGCAGUGUGACUACCCGCCUCUCCCGUCAGAUCACUACUCGGAGGAGCUUCGACAAUUAGUAAAUAUAUGCAUCAACCCAGAUCCAGAGAAGCGACCAGACAUCACCUACGUUUAUGACGUAGCAAAGAGGAUGCAUGCAUGUACUGCAAGCAGUUAAGCUGUGGAAUCAUGAAGAAGGCAACCAAAAUAACUUAAAAGUAUUUUUGUGCAAAUCAUACCUCCCUGUUCUUGUCUGGGUGUUAAGAUUAAUAUGUCAAAGUUAAUGUGCUUUGAAUCCUUAACCAGUUUUCAUAUAAGCUUCAUUUUCUACCAGGCUCGAUCUCGCAAAUCCACAAGACUUUGGGUUGCUCAGAUUUCAUUAGGAGUACAAGUACAAGAGUUUUUAAUGGCUAGAAGUUUGAGGGUCAUUUGAAAUUUUCUGCUGAUAAAUUGUGGUCAUAGAUGGUCAGUGCCAAACAGUGAAGAAACACGUUGGCACACAUCAGGAGAGAUGCAGAACCUGAGGAACUGACCUGAGUAUUUGACUUGUUUGCUUUUAAGUCACUCACGGGCACUGCAGUGGACACAAUUGUGAACUUAUGUGAUUUUUUUUUUCUUAAGUUUGAAGUAUGUGCUUUAGUUCUUAGCAUUGUAGUUUUCAAAUAUGAUUCUUAUGAUAAAUACAGACAAACUAUUUGAGAAACAUUUAAAAUUCUUAGUUUAUACAUUCAAAAUGCAACUCUUAAAUGUGAAAAGGUAGGGGAUAAAAUGUGAGUCCGACACUGAAAGUUUUGUGAUUUAAUACCUUUGGAAGUCUCUUUGCAUUUAAAUGGUAUAAAUGAGUCCAUUUUAAAAGUGGUUAAGGAUUUGUUUGGCUGGUGUUGAUAGUCAUUUUUAAAGUUGCACAUCGCCCAAGGCUUUGUGUGUUUUUAUUGUACAUUUGAAGAAUAUUCUUGAAAUAAUCGUGCAGUAACUAUAAUUCAAUUUCUUUAUAAAUUUAAAUGCAUUUAAUUCACAACUGUACACUGUAAUGUAAACAUAUGUUCUUAUUCAUAGAUUGUAUUGAAGUUUUGAUCAAUCCCCUUCAGAAUUUUUUUUUAUUCUUCAAGUUAUUUAUAUUGUGUGUGCAUUUUAUCCAUUAAUGUUUCAGAUUUUCUGAGAACAUAAUUAAUUCCCUUUUUAAAAGAUAUUUGGUAUGCCAACACUUUUUCUUAGAUUGAAACUUUUUUUUUUUUUAAACUUUUGGGCCACUCUGUGUGCAUGUGUUUUUAUCUUGUUAGGAAGAAAGAUGUGUGUUACAAUGUGCCUCUGAAUGUCGAUAGUUCUGAGUCAUUUGACAAGGAUAUAACUUUAGACUAUGUUUAAGGACAUGAAGACUGGCCCUUACUGCAGACAGAACUGUUAUGAGAGUAACAUUUCAGUGGAGAUGUUUUGGAGCAAAGGACUGUAUUUGUGCAUGAAGAUGACGGACACAGUGAAUGAACCUCCUUUUAGUUAAGGAAAUGGAGAGUUGUUUAGGAAACCCUGUUGGAGAGGUUGGGAAAUCCUGUUGGAGAGGUUGAGAAGCCCUGCUGUGGAGGCUUGUUUCCCUGAAUGUCUUCAUCUUAGUACCAGCCAGUUUCCUCACAGAAUUGGAGUGGUAGUCGCUGUGGCAGAAUGCUGUGUGUGCCAUGCUAGAACCUCAGGAAGGCUUAGUCUGCCAGAAUGGCGGCCUGUGUUCAGGGAGCACAUGCGUCAGCAGAACUCCUGGUCUUGUUUUCUCACAUAGUAUUUUCAAGAGAAUAACGUCUGUUUCCUCAUUUUAAUUGGCUAUGUAUGCUAUCUUAAGGGUAGUUUCAUUUUGAGUUUGACAGAGGAAGCCUGGAUGGUGUUUGUCUUGAAGCCCGAACUGGGCUCAUCCCAAAUCUUAGUGGCUCGUGGCAUUUGCACUGGGCUUCAGUGGGAGUACCCCCAGAAGUGUAAGGAGCCACUUCUGCUGACCAUUUGUGUUUGUCCAUUGGAAUGUCACAGGAUUGAAUGAAAUGAAACGGCCCCUGCUUACUACAGUGGCUUUCUUACAGUCUUUCAAAAUACAAGGUUCUAAUCUCAUUGGAUUAACCCCUUGUAGUGACUGCUUAUGUUUGUGUCCUAAAAAGAGCUGGAGAAUCUAAUGGUCAGGAAUACCCAUUAUAAUUUUCUACAAGAGGAAACUUGCUUUCAAAUACUUUUUUUUUUAAUCCAAAUGUUCAUAUUUCCUCACAAAGAUACCAUUGUGGAAAACCAAAAUCACUGGGAUAUUUGCAAACAGUUACAGAGUUGAUUAGAAAUUCUAAUCUUAACAAUCACCUAUAAAAUAUUCUCUGUUUAUGAGUAAAUUUUAUAUUAAGUUAAAUAUUGGGAUUGAUUUGAGUAACAGGUUAAAUAAAAGGUACAGCUGAUUCUAAACCUUAUUUAAACAUUGGUACCGGCUACCUGGGCGAAUGUGUGGUAACUUUGGUUGUUAUUCUGAGGUGUGGGGUGAAUGAAGGGCACCCCAUCUACAGUGCUCAACAAUGUGCAAUGAUUGUAAAUUUAGCAAGAUGCUACCAAGGCACGAGUGCUCUACUGUUCUUUAGAGUGUCCAUUACAAAACACCUUUCUUGUAUCCAUAUACUUCAGAUGUUGCUCUUAACUUUUCCUGUAUUUAUUAUAACCAAGAUGCUGUUAUUCACAUGAAAUGUUUAUUCUUUAAAUUGAAUGUAUUGUUCAUAACCCACAAAUGCUCAUAUUCUUUGCCUCCUACUUCCAUAGUACUGUAAUAUGAACUUCUUUUGUGAAAUACUUUUUAUUUUGUUAUGCUUUAAAUAUACAUGCAAAAGGGUUCUAUUAGCUUCAAAAACUGUACAAUAUCUGAAUAUAAAUACAUAAAAAUAAAAGAUGAGUACUGUAAA